UUCAAGCUGCCGGAGAUCGAUGCCGCCUUCGACCGAUGGCUCGCCGAUCAGCUGGCCGCCUCGUCGCCGGACGCCAAGGACACGGAGGACUUCAAGUACAUCACGUUCACUGAGCUGCCGCCGUUCACGGAGAAGCAUCAGUCGCUGAUGCGGAAGCACAUGACGAGCGAGCUGUUCGAGAAGCUCAAGGGCGUCAAGACCUCCAAGGGCUACUCGCUGUCCAACGGCAUGCAGGCGGGGGUGCUGCGGCCUCACCUUGGGGUAGGCUUCACGUGCGGAGACCAGGAGUGCUUCGAGGCUUUCAAGGAGAUCAUCUACCCGAUCGUGAAGGGCUGGCAUGGCUUCGACCCGGAGAUGCAGGAGCACCGAUCGGAUCUGGAUGCGACGAAGCUUGUGUUCACGGAGGAGCAGCAGGGGAAGUUUAGCCAGUACGUCAAGUCGACGCGAGUGCGAGCAGCGCGGAACAUCUCCGGGUACUCACUGCCGGCGGGGUCCAGCAAAGAGGACCGUCUGGCGGUCGAGGAUGUACUGAAGGAGGCGUUCGGGGCGCUGCCAGAGGCGCUGCAAGGCACGUACUACCCGCUUGGGUCGCUGUCGGCAGAGCAGGAGCAGGACCUGCAGGCAGGAGGCUUCUUGUUCCAGAAGCCAGGGCCGAUGCAGCUACUAGGAGCAGCAGGGGCAGGGCGGGACUGGCCGGAAGGACGAGGCAUCUUCCACAACGACGCGAAGACGGUACUAUGCUGGUGCAACGAGGAGGACCAGUGCAGGAUCAUCGCGAUGGAGGAAGGAGGGGACGUGAAGGGGGUGUUCUCGCGGUUCUGCCAGCUGUCGGAGGCGAUCAAGACGGCGGCGGAGGGGAAGGGGCAGGCACUGAUGUACGACGAGCGUCUGGGCUUCCUUGGGACGUGCCCGUCGAACCUCGGGACGGGGCUGCGAGCGAGCGUGAUGAUCGUGCUACCAGAGCUGAACAAGGACCCGAAGAGGCUUGAGGAGAUCUGCCGCAAGUACGACCUGCAGCCUCGCGGGUCGUCUGGGGAGCACAGCGCGGCAGUGGGAGCCAAGUGGGACAUCUCGAACAAGCAGAGGAUCGGGUACUCGGAGGUGGAGCUCGUGCAGAAGAUGAUCGACGGGGUAACGCAGCUGAUCUCGAUCGAGGAGGAGCUUGCAGCGGCGGCGGCGGCGGCGGCGGCGGGAGGAGGGUCGGGAGCAGGAGAGCAAGCCUCUGAGGCCGCAUCGGGCGAGGGGCCCGACACGGAGGACUUCAAGUACAUCACGUUCACUGAGCUGCCGCCGUUCACGGAGAAGCAUCAGGUGCUGAUGCGGAAGCACAUGACGAGCGAGCUGUUCGAGAAGCUCAAGGGCGUCAAGACCUCCAAGGGCUACUCGCUGUCCAACGGCAUGCAGGCGGGGGUGCUGCGGCCUCACCUUGGAGUAGGCUUCACGUGCGGAGACCAGGAGUGCUUCGAGGCUUUCAAGGAGAUCAUCUACCCGAUCGUGAAGGGCUGGCAUGGCUUCGACCCGGAGAUGCAGGAGCACCGAUCGGAUCUGGAUGCGACGAAGCUUGUGUUCACGGAGGAGCAGCAGGGGAAGUUUAGCCAGUACGUCAAGUCGACGCGAGUGCGAGCAGCGCGGAACAUCUCCGGGUACUCACUGCCGGCGGGGUCCAGCAAAGAGGACCGUCUGGCGGUCGAGGAUGUACUGAAGGAGGCGUUCGGGGCGCUGCCAGAGGCGCUGCAAGGCACGUACUACCCGCUUGGGUCGCUGUCGGCAGAGCAGGAGCAGGACCUGCAGGCAGGAGGCUUCUUGUUCCAGAAGCCAGGGCCGAUGCAGCUACUAGGAGCAGCAGGGGCAGGGCGGGACUGGCCGGAAGGACGAGGCAUCUUCCACAACGACGCGAAGACGGUACUAUGCUGGUGCAACGAGGAGGACCAGUGCAGGAUCAUCGCGAUGGAGGAAGGAGGGGACGUGAAAGGGGUGUUCUCGCGGUUCUGCCAGCUGUCGGAGGCGAUCAAGACGGCGGCGGAGGGAAAGGGGCAGGCACUGAUGUACGACGAGCGUCUGGGCUUCCUUGGGACGUGCCCGUCGAACCUCGGGACGGGGCUGCGAGCGAGCGUGAUGAUCGUGCUACCAGAGCUGAACAAGGACCCGAAGAGGCUUGAGGAGAUCUGCCGCAAGUACGACCUGCAGCCUCGCGGGUCGUCUGGGGAGCACAGCGCGGCAGUGGGAGCCAAGUGGGACAUCUCGAACAAGCAGAGGAUCGGGUACUCGGAGGUGGAGCUCGUGCAGAAGAUGAUCGACGGGGUAACGCAGCUGAUCUCGAUCGAGGAGGAGCUUGCAGCGGCGGCGGCGGCGGCGGCGGGAGGAGGGGAAGGAGGAGCAGGGCAAGGAGGCAGUGGCGACUCGUAAGGAGUUUCUUAUAGUUGAGACUUUCUUGCGUUUCACAUCUUGUUUUCAUUUGCUGCGUAAUACAAAUAAUAUACAUGAUUCUGAUUGG